UAAACUCGAUAAUUCAAAUUUAAUAAUAUUUUUCAUUGUUUAUUGUUUAAAUGUAUUUACAUUCAAAUUUUAAAAAUUCAUUUGAAAACCGUCCGAUGAUCAUUAAUAAUAUUACGAUCAAUAAUACAAAUUAUCAGUUAAUCAACAGUUUAUCGUGAGUAAAUUAUUUAAUUAUUUCUUCUACGUAUAUACAAACUUUUUAUUAGGUACUUUUUUUUACCUACUUAAGUUUGAGUUCCUGUUUUUAUUUAUUAUAAUAAAAUACAAUGUUUGUAUUUAUACUUUAGAUGAUUUGCUGUGCUGCGUUAGGGGAUAUAGCCUCAACAAAAUUGUUCACAUAGGUAUAUAGUAUGGAAUUGUGGGCGAUAUUGCUCUCACAUCACCCUGAAAAGUACUAAGUUAUUUGUGUUUAGAGGUAAAAGCAGGAGUGGUUUUUUGGAGUUAAAUUCCCUAAGAAGAAAGCCCCUUGACUUAUUGAUUUGUAUUAAUUUAUAAUCAACAUAUUAAGUAAUAAUAUUAAAAAAAAAAAAAAAAAACAAAACAUUGUAACUUGCAUACCUAUGUAAAGUAUAUGAAUACAAUAUAGUUAAAUAUUUAAAUUAAAAAAUAAUUCAAAUUGACCAUGAAAAUAAAAAAAAAAUACUUUGGAUACUGUUUUUUUUAUAUAUUUUUAAAGAUCGUUAUUUUUCAAUGGUAAAAGAACUAAAAAUUAGGUAUAAAUAAAUGAUAAAAUUAUGUUCAAUCCCAGAUAUAUUUAUAUAAUUGGUAACUCAAGGCACUGUGCUUAAGUGCCCAUUUAUAUUACUUAUUUUGGUGUUACGAAAAAAGUCAAAACGUCAACAAAAUAUACCUUUUAAACAUACUUUUCACCCCUUUUGAAAUGUGACACCUGUGGUGAUUACCCCAAUUUCCCUCCCUUCCCCCUAAAUAAUACAUCCCUGUUUAACCUUUUACUUUUUCCUGCAAUAGUAAUUAAAACUUCAUCAAGAUUAAAAUUUUUUGAUAUAGGUACCUAUGAAUUAAAGAUACAUUUGAAAAUCUUUCAUUGGUCAUAGUGGUCAUACAAACGUAUAAAUUUGUCACCUUAACAAAAAUAAUCUUUCAAAUGACCCUGAACUUAUCCGAAUUGGAAAUGCUACUUGUAGAAGUAUACAGACAUGUAUAAAAAAGGGAAAACUCUAAUAUUGACACAGAUUUAAUAUUUUUAUUUUUACAAAUAACAUUUUUCUUUAUUAAAAUUUCAUUGCUUGUAUCAAUAUAUCUUCAUAAUAUCUUAAUAUCUUAUAAUUAACAAAAACAAAGUACUAUACAGUAUACAUUUUAAAAACCAAAAAAAAAAAAACUUUUGUUACUAGUAAAAUAGUUAUGAUACAAAAUUGUCCUUUCAUAUAUUUUGUACAUUUUUGCAAAAAAAAAGAAAAGAAAAAGAGUAAUGAGAAAACCAUUUACUACACAUUAUUUCUCAGGGGAAGCUGCAAGAAAUUUUGGAGAGGCUAUAGUCCAAUUAUUCCUCCCCACCCCCAUCAUACAUCAUUAUUAAUAUCAGGACAAACUAUAAAAUCUUAAAGAUAAAAUAAAUAUAUUAGACAAUAGAUAGUAUUUGUAGUAAAUAAAAUACCGUGUAACCAAUUUUGGACAGAUUUCAAAGUUUAUUUUUUAAAUUUAAAAAAUGUUCAUUAAAUAAUAAUUUAGAAAAAUAAGUUAUUUUAUCUGAAGUCUGGGCAAAAAGUGUGUUUUACCAUAUAGUUUAUUAUUUUCAAUAUUUACACAACAAUUGUAUUAAAAAAAAAUAAUUCUGAAUUAAACUAGAAUUUAAAUUUAAACUUGUUUUUGUUUCUUGUGUAGGUAAGGAGCAAUAUAGAUAUUUUUUUCCCCAUAUUAUGAGUAUUAAAUGAACAAAUUUAAAAUAUUACUUUUAAAAAUCAUCUUUAGUUUUUCUCAUUUGAUAUGUCAUGUUACACAUAUUAAGCAUAUAUUGUUUAACUUAAACUAUUAGAAUAAACAUAACAACACAAAUUUGCUCGCUUUGCUUAAUUUAGUAAUAUCUGAAAUAAAUAAAUAUAAUAUAAUAAAUAUCUCGAACAUAUCAUCAAAAUUUUAGUUUUAGUCUAUUGUUAUAUUUACUAUGACAAAUGAAUAGGUAUUAAAUUUGUUUAUUAGUCAUAGCAUGAUAAGUAAAAAAAAAAUGUAAAAUAUAAUUUCACAAAGAAAAAACAUAAAAAUAAAAUUUAUUUAAAUGUAUUUAUAUUGAUUAACAUAUAUUUCUAUUAAUUAUUUUCCUUAUAAUGACUUAAAAUAUAAUAUAAAUAUGUUAAUUUAAGUUUGCCUAUAUCAAAUUACUAAAUUGUUUUAUUAUUUGUAGGUUGAAAUAAAAUGAAUAAUAUGGAGGAACGCAAAUGGCUUAAAAAAAAAGAAAAAGCCUUAUUGGAGAACAAUUAUGAAAAUCUUUUUUAUGCUUGUAAAGAGUUAGCUGAUAUUUAUGUAAACCAAGAAGAUUAUCAACACGCAUUAAGCCAAUAUGAACAAUGUGAAGAAGCAGCUAAUCGUUGUGGUGAUGAAAUUAGAUUGGCAGUUGCAAAUCGAAUGAUUGGCGAAAUGUAUUGUUAUCUUAAUGAUUUUGAAAAUGCUAUUAAGCACCAGAAAGUUCAUCUUAAAAUAUCUUAUUCAAAAAAUGAUGUUGUUGAGCAACAGAGAGCUUUAGCCACACUGGGUCGUACACAUUUUUUACAUUCAGAAACAUUAAUUAAUAAUGAAGUAAAUAAAAAGUCGAAGGCUUUAAAGACAUCUGUCAAAUAUUAUGUUAAAAGUUUAGAAGUAUGUAAUAAACUAGGGAAAGAAGUUGGUACUAAAACAUUAUUUGAAAUGAAAGCUAGACUUUAUCUUAACUUGAGUCUUUGUGAAGAAUCAGCUGGUGAUUUAAAUAAAUCAAUGGAAUAUAUAAAUAAAGCUAUGAAAUUAUGUUCUGAUGCAGAUUUAAAUGAGGAACUUUGUAAAUGUUAUUCUGUUAAGAGUAAUUUAUAUUCUCAACAGAACAAUUAUUCAAAAGCAAUUGCAUGUGUUGAUCAGGGUCUUCAAAUAGCAUCCAGACUUCCAAACAAAAAAGAUAUUGGAACAGAACUUUUAUGUUUAAAAGCUGAACUUUUAAUUGAUAUAAAUGACUUUCAAACUGCUAAACAAUCAAUGAUAAAAGCUUACAAACUAAAAGUACCAAUAAAAAAUGAAUUUGAAGAAGUAAUAAAAAAAUUGAAAAUAAUUGUUGUUAUGUGCCAAGCUGAAAAUAAUUUACUAGUAGCUUCACAAAUAGACUAUGAACAACGAAGGCAGCUGAAUGAAAAACUAGGAGAUGCAUGUGUAGCAUUAAAAAAAUAUUCAAAGGCGAUCGCUUAUUAUGAAAAAAUGUUGGAAAAUUCUGAAAAUUGUGGUAUGAGUGACAAAAGUUUAAUACCUUGCUAUGUUUCACUAGCUCAAACAUAUAAAGAUAAUAAACAGUAUUAUCAAGCAUCAGAAUAUUUUUAUAAAGAAUUGAAUCUGUACAGUGAAAAUAGUAUUGAAGCUUGUAAAACAUUAUUAAAUAUUGCUGAUAUUAUGGAAGUUCAGUAUGAGCCAUUUGAUAAAAUUUGGUCAGUCUAUGAAAAAGCUAAAAAAAUAGCAAUGGAAAAUGAUGAUGGUCAUCUUCAAUUAGCAGCUGUAUGUAUUUAAGAAAAUUUGUUGUAAUUUUAAUAUUGAUUUUUUUUUUUAAUGUAUCUUUUUUAGGUUAAAGGUAUGAAGUGUUUAGCUGUGGAUAGAGAUCAAUCGGAACUAGUAAAUGAGUUAACAAGUGAACUUAAUAGUCUAAUGAAGUAUGAAACAGAAACGAUUGAAGAUGAAUAUGACGUUCCAGACAUUUGGGACGAUGUUUCUCUAAAAGAUCUUUCAGAUAUUGAUGAAGAAGAUGAUGAUAAAAGGAGAAAGAGAUUUAAACAAACAGCAAUACCAGAAAAAAAAAAUGAAAAAGGUGAAACUCCUAUCAUACCAGCUUGUGCUAAAGGAAAUGUUAAAUUAGUUUCAAGCUUAUUGAAACAAGGGCAUUCAGUUAACGCAGGUGAUGCUUUAGGUUGGACAGCUUUACAUGAAGCUAGUAAUUAUGGGUAUGUUGAUAUAGUAAAUGUUCUUUUAGACCACGGUGCUGAUAUUAAUAACCGUGGUGGACCUUGUUGUGAAGGCAUUACACCUUUGCAUGAUGCUGCAGCUUGUGGUCACUUAGAAGUUAUAGAUUGUCUAUUAGAUAGAGGUGCGAAUCCUUUAGUUAGAACUAAUAAUGGUGAAACACCACUCGACUCAUUGAUAGCUUGCCGUAAUAGAGUGAUUCUAGAAGAAAAAAAAGAAUUGGAUCCAAAUAGACUUGCUCAUUUUUGGUCAAUUGUUGAUCGCCUUAGUGAAUGUUUGCGAAAAGCUGGUCAUACACCUCCUGUACCUUUGACUGAUGUAAAAGAAAUACUAAAAAAUGAACAACAACCCAAGAACCACUAUUUAGGAAUAAUUCCCGAUAAUGCUAAGAGAUCAAGAAAAUUAUACAGAAGUAUUGAGGAUUCUGAGAAAUUUGAGAAAAAAGAAAGAAAUGUGGAAUUAGAUGAUAAAAAUACAUCUGGUGCUGCAGAAGAUUAUAAGCAAACAAUAAGUCUCUUAAGAAAUCACAAGAGACACCGAGAGAGUGAAAUACCAUAUGAAAUUUCUCAGCCCCCUUUGGUUGAAAACUCAGUUGAUGAAUGGUUAGAAGAUGAUAUUAUAUACAAACCAAAAAAAAGAUAUUGUACUGAAACUAAAACCAAUUAUUCGCCUAUUAAAGAAUAUAAUUUUGAAAAUGAAGAUGAUUCGUCUGUGAGUGAACAAUUAGCAGAUUUUACUUCAGAUAUUGGGUCCAAUAAAGAAAUUCAAUGUUCUAUACUAGAUUCUGAUGAAGAUUCUGAAAAUAUUUGUAUUCCAAAUAGAGAAAUUGAUACAAGUAAACAUAAGUAUAAAUCUCUUAUGUUGUCUACAAGCAAAAAAAAAAAUGUUCAAAGUAAAUUAGAACAUCAAGGAUUUAUUUGUAUGGGCAAUAUUUCACCAAAUUUUGAUGAUUCUUCUUCUGUUCAAACCUUUACACCUUUGAAAAGAGAUGAAAAUGUGAAAAAUAUUAAUCGUACAAUCAAAGUACGUAUUGAAAAUAGACUAUUUCUUGUACCUAUACCAGGGAGUGAAGAAAAUAUAAACCUUAAAUGGCUGUCAUCAGAGGCUUCAAGACGCUAUCAAAAACUUGAAGGUGUCAAUCCAAUUUUAAAUUUAACAACAGACGAUGGAGCCUUAUUGGACGAAAAUGAUCCUAUUGAUUUAGUUUAUGGGUUACAAGAAGUGUUAGGUAAUAUUGUUGGUUGGACUACAGAAACUCUAAUUGAAACUUAUAAAAAAAUGUGUUCAGAAUCAAAUACUAUGAUCAAUGAACAAAUACUUCAAUUUUUAGAUGUUUUAGAGGCAACUGGAACUUUGGACAUGUCUGAUUACAUAAUAAUGCCUAAUAUUUUAAAUAUUGCACUUAAUGUAGCAUGUCAUCAUAAACAUUUACAAGUAUUGUGCUUGUCAGGUGUGGCACUUGAAGAUAUCGGAAUGAAAAUGUUAUCUGAUCACUUGUCUAGUUUGCAACAAUUAACCAAAUUGGAUGUAAGUUGUAAUAAUGUCAGUUCUAUAGGAAUAGGAUAUUGGGCUACAUCGCUAGCUGAUAAAAAAUCGUUAAAUAGUCUGGAAUCAUUCAAUAUCAGUCAUAAUCCUUUAACCAAUGCAGGUGUAGCAUACCUCCGUUUAAUUACUCAACAUUUAACUAGUCUACGAUCAUUGUUUCUUCGAGAUGUAGAUAUUGACCAUAAUUGUUAUGAUGAUGCAUCUGAAUUAUAUUUGGAUAAUAUUGAAGACCUAGACUUGAGCUUUAAUAUGUUAACACGGACUGGUAUUUCUGGUUUUUUCAUAAGACUUGAUCCAACGCGUUUGAAGUAUUUGAAUGUACGAAACACAGGUUCAUCAACGGUGUUGCGCGAAUGUGUCUUGUUUUUGGAACGUAAUCAAGCAGAUUCUCUACAUUCCGUUGACUUCUCUGGGCUAGAUCUCGAAGAUGAAGAUAUAGAUUUAUUAUGUAGUUGUUUAGAGUCUGCAGGUAAUUUGGAGCAUUUGUGGUUAGCCGAUAACCCGAGAGUUACUCAAAUGUGUAUAGAUAGAAUCAAACAUUUAAGUGUCAAAUUUGUCCAUAUGGCUGGUUGCAAGCCAGUUGAUAUAUCACUUAUUGAAACCAUAGAUUUAGAACAGAUGUCUUUAUCUGGGUAUGGACAGUCAAAUUUAUUUAAAAAUGCUCCUUACAAUGUAAAAGUAUCACUGUGAUUUAUUAUAAUAAUAAUUGUUAUGAAUUAUUAAUAAUUUAUAUUUAUGUUGAGAAAUGUACUAUAACUUAAUUAAUUACUAUUAGAUUUAAAAUUGUACUUUUGUGUAAAUUAAUCAAACAUUUGAUAAUAAAUAUUAAUUAAAAUUAAAAAUAACAUUUUAUUUUUAAUAAUAAAUAUUAUUUUGUGAUAUUUUAAGAAAUAUAUGUUAGUUUUAUUUUUAAUAUAGAGUAAAUUCUGCUUAAAAUGGGCAACCAUUUAAUGUGGGCAAAUGUAACUGGUCCCAGCGUGCUCACAUUAAGCAGUUUCCACUGUAUUGGUUGUUUAAUGACUAUGGAAUAUUAUAGGACAAUUAUUUAUUAAUUAAAUCAUAUUGUGAAUAAACUUAUAAUUAAUUUUAAGUAAAAUCAAUAAUAUCUAAUAUAUUUAGUCAAGGUAAAAAUCUGGGUCAUUAUAAAUUAUGAGAAUACAAACUAAACAUUAUUGGACAUUUCAAUAAUAAUAUCUGUUAACCAUUUUUUAAAUGCUUAUUUGCUAUAAUUUUUCAAAUUAUGAAAUUAAUCUUAUUGAUAAGAGUGUAUAAAAUAUAUUUCUUAAACAUUUUGUAUGCAUUUUAUUUUGGUUAAUAUUUAAUAAAUAUAAUAUUUAAUUUUACAUAUUGUUAUAUUUUACAACAC